CUAAGAUACUGGCUGUAAUGUAAAACGUUGGUCAGAAUUUACUAUGUCGUGCACUCAUACACACCUAGUUAGCUCAUAAUAUGAGCAGAGUGUGAGCGCUGCCCAGUGUUAACCUGACAGAAACUUGAUGUCGGAAAGUCUCCGUCCACAGCAGCACUGGAGCCCGGAAGCAGGGCGGGACCUCGCCUCUUUAUAAACAUGGCCGUUAAGUCCUUCGCAGCGUCAGGUACUGCGUUGGUUGAAUAGUUGGACUUUGAGGAAGUAACUGGCGGGGAACCUAUGCAGUAACAGGUGUAAAGAAAAUGUAGGCCAUUCAGCGACGCAUUUCUCUAUUUUAACGGUUAUAUACCUGCGUGGGAGCGACACUGACAAACUUCAUUUAGUAGUUUGCGCUAGCUAGCCAAACGAGCUAACGCCGACGUGUGAACGUUAAUUUCUGUCAACUUGUUUCAGCCAGCCAGAAUCUGUCUGCUUAUCGACAUGGAGGAGUGUCGUCGUUCAUCCAGAAAGGCUCGAUGAAUAUUUCACACACGGACGGCUAGGAUUAAGUCAUCGACGGGCUGAGCAAAACUUUCCUGGAUUUAUUUCUUUUCAGUGCUGCCAGUAGCAAAGCACUUGUUCAUUUUCUGCUUAAAGACCGGAAAUUAACAAUGUUUUCUGGCAAACCCAUAAAACCAACUUUCAAGUGUUAUCUUCCUCCUGCGCAGACCGAUCGGAAGAACAGUAUUCAACCACCCAUUAGGUUGGAGCCCGAGUUCCUUCCAGGAGAGAUAGUUGUAAAUGAUGUGAACUUUGUGAGGAAAUGCAUCAGCGCUGAGAGCAGCCAGGGUGACCUCUGGGGGAGGUUGAUAUGCACCAACUUUAAGGUCUCCUUUAUUCCUCAAGGUCCCCCACCUAAGCAGAAAUCCCAGUUGUCCCACCUACUACUUGGACAGCAUGACAUCUCCCUGACCUGCCUUGAGCAAGUAGUAACAGUUAACGAUACAAGGGGGAAGAGGAAAGUAUUGGGCUCCAACCAGAAGCUGAAGUUCAACCCAACAGAGCUCAUCCUGUACUGCAAAGACCUGCGAGUAAUAAGAUUCUGCUUUGAUGAGGCUGGGCCUGAGAGUGCCAAAAAAGUUUGCCUUGCCAUUGCUCAUUAUUCCCAUCCAGCUGAUCUGCACCUGCUUUUUGGCUUUGAGUACCAAGGACUGAGAUACCAUAAAAGGGACCUAGUCAAUGGCUCCACCCCAAGAGGAGGAAUACAGACUCCAGUUUUUGACCGCCCCUCUGACUGGGAUCGAGAGAUCAAGAGAACCGGGGCGUCAGGGUGGCGGGUUUGCUCCAUCAAUGAGAAAUAUGCCAUCUCUGACAGUCUUCCAGAGUACAUUGUGGUCCCAGUUUCUUUGACAGAUCAGGAUGUAAAGCAGCACUCUCCAUCGUUCAGUGAUGGGCGUGUCCCUCUGUGGUGUUGGAAUCACAGGAAUGGGAGUGCUCUUGUCCGCAUGGCAGGCCCAGCAGAUCCGUUGACUCAGAGGAAAACUGAACAGAAGAUCUUCACGGCAAUCACCAAAAGCCAUCCACAGCGCCGAGAAGUGACCUUGUCAGAUCUGGACAAGAGUCUUCCUAAUAUCCAGGACAUCCAAAGUGCCUUUGUUAAAGCCAGACAGAUCUGCACUUUAGAUCCUUUUGAGGAGUCGGAGGAGAGAUGGCUUUCAUCCAUUGAAAAUUCACGAUGGCUUGAGUAUGUCAGGACGUUUUUAAAACUCUCAGCGGAGAUAGUCUACAACUUGGAUGGAAAGAAUAUCUCUGUCAUUCUUCUUGAGGAAGAAGACAGAGACCUGAACUGUGUGGUGUCCUCCUUGGUGCAGCUCAUGUUGGACCCUCACUAUCGCAGCCUAAAUGGAUUUCAGAGUUUGGUGCAGAAAGAGUGGGUGAUGGCGGGUCAUCGCUUUUUGGACAGAUGCAACCAUCUGAAGAAGAAUGACAGUAAAGAGUCUCCACUGUUCACCUUGUUCCUGGACUGCGUGUGGCAGAUGACAAACCAGUACCCAGCAGCAUUUGAGUUCACAGAGUUCUAUCUGACUGUACUGAGUGACAGCAUGUGGAUCCCCCUCUUCAGUACUUUCCUCUUCAAUUCUUCUAAACAUUGUGCUCAGCUCUUGCAGGACUUUUCCAAGAAUAAAGCCAUCCCUCAAGGAGAAGACCACACUGUAAUCUUCCCUCCUGUGUGGAAAUGGUCCCAGCAGUUCUCCACCAGAGAUCAAACCCUCUUUAAUAACCCCAUGUAUGUUGGUAAGGGAGCUGCCUCUGUUCAGAAUGGAGAAGUGAAAAGCUUCCAACGCUCAAAGAAAGCCUUCAGUUCUACUGUGCGAAUAUCAAGCACAUCACAGCGUAAUGGACUAAAGGGUGAGGAGGAACCAUUGCAGCGGCGGGGCUCUCUGGUCUCCGAGCUAAAGGCUGAUUUCUCUCCAGUGAAAGAUGAAAGCCCAUCAGAACGCUUCUUCAGGAACUGGUUUUCUCACCCUGCAGACCAGCAGGGGGUCCUGAUCCCCCUGGUCCUGCCCUCACAUGUGGUUCUCUGGAAGUUGUUCUUCCUACGCUGGGUUCCUGAAGUUUGCAUCCCACAGGGAGGCCCCGCCACUGUCUACCACAAGGUCUCCCAACUGGUUGAUGAAAUCGAGAUGCUGCAGGGCAAGCUCAGGCAGUACAAAGGUGCCAGUCCACGCAGCACACCUGUCCCAAGUCCAAGCGGACCCUCUUCAGACCAAAGAAGGAUGUAUUUUAAGGCCAGUUCUCCAGAUGACCCCCCUACAACACCCAACAUCCUUAACUCAUCUUUUCCGUUCAACCCUGUGGGAAACCUGUGCCCGCGAGGUGUUCAAGGGACUCCGAUAAGCAAAUUUCUGAAUGGGGCGAAGACCUGGCUCUCUACAGAGACUCUUGCUAAUGACACUUUCUAAUGGAUUUUUGUAAUAACUGAUCACAAUACUUUCUAUGACCUUUUUACGUAAGUUCCAAUAAGUGUACCGACAAAGUAAAAAUAGCCCUUUUAGGAUUUCUAAUUUAACACACCUACAUUUGCUAGAAUUUGCACCAUUGAUGCUGCUCUAAAUCUGAGGUAGUUCUUAAUUUGAGGUGUAACUUUUAACAUAAAAUCGUUGUCUCUUAUAGGAAUAAACUAAGAUCCUUUCAGAAACAUCCUUCUUAUUGGCCAAUACGUUUUUACUGCAAGGUUUGAGGUCUUUAUUGUCAUUUUGCAUAUUGUUAAAAUUGGUGCCGUAGGGCCAACAGUGUGCAUAAACACAGAAGAGAGGGGGGAAGGGAAACAGAGCACAGAAUAGAGGAAACGAUUGGCUGUGCGAAAAAAAACUUUGAUAACCACGGUCUUAACUGUGGAAAAAAUAAGCAUUUUUAUAUAAUAUGUAUAGGUUUUUCUUUAUUUUUUCUACAGUUGAGCAAAAAUGUAUUUUCUCUUACCCUUCUGUACCAUAACUCUGACUAAAAACAUGCUUUUUGGGAUUUUACCAGGAGGGUAUACCUUUUUACCAUAGAAUUUAAAUUUCCAUCCCUAAGCCUUACAUAUAAUUGGUUGUGUUUUUUUAAGGCUAAAGCUAUUAACGUAUGACUGUAGCAGUGCUAUUAGGUAACUGAAAUGAGGGAAUGCUCAUUUUUAACUCAGCAGCAGUGAUGCAAUUCUCUGAUUACAGAUUCUAAUUAGAUGUGAAAAAAACCUAACAGGAAAUCUACCCAGUGGUUACAAAAAAGAAGUUAUUUUGGCCUGUUUGAAUGUAGUAGGAUCUUGAAGCACUUUGCUGGAAUGAUAUUAUUUUAAUAGAUCUUUUGCAACAAAUGGUGUGGUAUCAGGGUCUGACUUUGAACAGUUUCUGGCAUUGGGUUGUUUUUAUCAAGGUGUAUCUGAUGGUAGAGGAAAAUAGAGCUGUGAGAACUCAAAACUGUGGUAGAUAUUUCCUCUGCUUCGCAGAGCGUUUACUAAACGUUUUUUUUUUUUUUCAAAUGCCUUCUGGUAAGGCACUGAGACGAAACCGUUCCCACUGAGGACAGCUGAAUGAGCGAUAGAAAGGGGACAAAUUCUUUGACUUUUGAAUUGGGUCGCGGAUCCAGAGAGGAUGACCCUUUCAAUAGAAUAUCUCAAAAAUAUUUAGUUUAGCCAGUGGUGGUGCAGCAUUUUUGGUGCUAUCCACAGCAGAAUGUGGGGAAAAUUAUGAAAAGUCUUGAGAGUAUUAAUUGCAUACAUGGUUCAACAGCAAAUAUUUUUCCUGAAAAUGCUCUGAUCAUUAUCUAUGCAAUGAUUUAAAACCAGAAACUGAGGGUAAGUCUAUUCUCAGGAAGAACACAACUCGGCCCCUCUGUCUCUUUGCUAUUAGACUGUACACCCUGACAUUGUUUCUCUUUAGUUUAUUGCCAGCUGAACAAGGACAUUUAAGACGCACCUGCAGAGAUAUAUCAUUAUCUUAAUUAUUAAGAAACCAGCACUGUCUAAAAUGUCAAAGAAAAAGGUAUUUAUUGCAAAACCUCUUCCGCAAACCUGGACCACUUGGCACCUUUUAUUCCAUUACUAAAGUGCAUUAAUCCUCCAGUUCUAGACUCAUUGAUGAUAUACAGCAACCUCACUGUUCUUUAGCAAUACCUAGUUCAGGUGUUUCUCAUAAUAUAGUGUCUCAUGUAAGUGCAAACCUGCUCUCCCAAAUGCUAUUAAUUGCACUUUUGUCCAGAAUAUAGAAUUAUUGAUAUAAGGCAAAUGUUGAAUAUAAUAUCGGCAAAUAUAAAUACUGUAUAUGUUUGAAAUGUAUGUUAAUUCUGAUUAAUGGUACUAAAUAACUCUUUAUUCUUGAUUUAGUCUUUAUAUUUCAUGGAGAUAUAUUUAUAUGCUGUUUUCCUACUAAAUCACAUUGAUGUACUCUGCUGUAAUCGUAUGACGACUGGGCAUCUGCGGCACAGUUUCCGAUGGAUGAUCAGCAGAUGUAUUUAUUCGCUUAUGCAAAUGUUCUCAAAAUGGGAGGCAGUUACUUCUGCACCCCCGUCGUGCCUUUUUUGGGACAGAUUGACUGUUCUUUGUAUCUAUAUUCUUAACCUGUUAAGCUAAUUUUGUUUCUAAUACUUGUGAUUUAGCAGAGCUGUAAAUGUACUAGAAUUUAGGGGGUUUGCACUGAAGCUGUUUUUGCUAACAGAACAUGUAGCUCAAAGAUGUAUACCAGCAACAAAUCAUUAUAUUAGUUUUCAAAUGAAAAGGUGUUUUUGAUUUGUUUUUUAACAGAGCUCUUAUGAUGACUAACCUCACCAAAUUUAGGGGUUAAAAGCUUCCUGACCCAGAUAGCAUCAGGUAAGUGAACAGAUUACUGUAAAACAAGAAAUAUUAGAGCUGUGUUUUAGUGCCAGCAUCUGACUUGCCAUGAAUUGAGAUUUGUGCUCCCAGGUUUCAGUUUACAAGGACCCAAAAUGAAACGCAUGGUUUAUUUUAUGUUGUGUGGUUAUUAGAGUAUUCAUAUUGUCAGACAAAAUGUGGCUGUUUUUCAAUAAAAAACUUAAAAUCUUAAGACAAUACAGUGAAAUGCACAUAUUUGGUUUAUUCUAAUAGAUGACAAAAACAUUCUUUUGAAACAACUUUUUUGGGAAAAUCAUGAGCACAAAUUGAGAGAAUUGGCAAGUAGGUCAAAUGUAAAACAAAACGAAUAAACCGAUUCUUGAGUUUG